AAUUAUGCUACUUGGUUUGUGUGCAGUUCAUAUGUUUUUCCUGCUUGUCUACGCCUCCGAUGAACCCCAAGUGACGUCGACAAUAACACGUAAAGCGGACCAGUGUACUUCCUACACCACUGCAGCAGAUCAGGACUUUGUUCACGUGCAUUACGUAGGCAAACUGCCAAAUGGAGUCACUUUUGACUCUUCCUACAGUAGAAAACAGCCGCUGCAUUUUCAAUUGGGUGCCAAAAGCGUCAUCAAGGGCUGGGAAAUCGGAAUAGUUGGCAUGUGUGUAGGCGAAAUGAAACAACUCAUAAUCCCACCUGAAUUAGCAUACGGUGCUAAGGGAGCUCCGCCUACUAUACCUCCAAUGGCCACACUUAUAUUCGACGUGGAACUAGUUGACCUAGUUAAAAAAGACAAUUGGCACGAGUAUCUUCUGUUAGCUAAAAUGUUCGCAGUACCGGCUAUUGUUUUCUUCAUCAUUUACGGAGUGUACAAGCGAGUCACUGAAGAAAGCCAACAGGAAGUUCUCGCAAAAAAGGAACGAAAACGAGAGAAAAAGAAGAAGAAAUGAAAUUAUACAAAUUAAACUCAGUUUUCUUUAUAGAAUAUUUGUAAUGGAAUAUCUUUUCAUAUCACAUCUGUAGAAUAAUAUAUUUUUCCUUUGUAUAUAUUACAAUGUAUAUUAG